AUGGUCGAGGACAGUCGACGCGUCGGCCCGACCGGCACCGUGUCGAGCACCACCAUGCACAAACGAUGGUGCAAUAAUCAUAGGAUGACGAGCGCCCUCCUCGGCGCCAUCCUCGUCAUCCUCCUGAUGGGCGUCAUCGUGGCCGCGAUGAAUUUGUGUGUCAACCGGAACGUGGCGCUGCGGAAAGAGGCCGAGGCCAAGUACGCCGAGUUGCAGGAAGUCCACAACCGGCUGCUGGCCCGCAAGUACCCGGGCGCCGACCUCGAGCCGGGCUACAAGACUUUGCCCCCACCUCCUGCUCCCUCCAUUAAUGCACCAACCACUACGACAACUACCGUAUCCCCAAGCGUCCAGGCGGUUGUACCGGUAAACCAUUCGGCCCUGGAGUCACCGAAGCCUGCAGAGCCAGCGAAGCACGAUCAAAUAAUUCCGGGAGCC